AAAAGAUUGUGUACGAGUGCGCUUCCCUCCACAUCAGUAUCUGAACCAAACGCAACUCAUUCCCUCGUUUUCUUCUUCUCUUCCACCGUCUCUUUUUUUUUUCUCCUCUCCCGCUUUUUUUAGUUUCGCCGAUCUGCUCACAUUCUCUUCCCGGAAUCUCCGCAAUUUCAGCCGCAGAUCUGCUUCCGAAUUCCUUUUAGGAUCUCUAGUUGCCGGAGAUCCGAAUUUCUGGAGAUUUUUUUCCCGGGUUGCUUUUGCCGUUUCGUUUGCCGGGUGGAUUUUUCUAGAUUCGUUCCCAUGUCGGAGUCUCAGCAAGAACCUCAGCAAUCUCCACCUUCUAUGCGGCAGUAUCAUCCUUCUCUGUCUUCUAUGAAGCCCCCGCUAGUUGCUCCCGGCGAGUAUCACCGGUUUGACGCGGUGGAGACUCGCGGAGGCGGAGCUCCUGAUCAGGUUUCUGAGGCAAUUGUUAUUAAAUCUUCUCUGAAGCGUAAGACGGAGAUAGUAAACCAGAUAGAUGAGCCCAACGAAUUGAAUGCUGGUGUUCUUCAAACACCUGUAUCAGGGAAAGGAGGGAAGGCCAAAAAGUAUUCUAGGUCAGUGAAGUCUAAUAAAUCUGGAACGCAAGCAUCUGGUUCUAAUGCAGGUUCUCCUGGAAAUAACUUUGGACAGACUGGUACUUGUCGGUAUGAUAGUUCUCUAGGUCUUUUGACAAAGAAGUUUAUCAAUUUGAUUAAACAAGCAGAGGACGGUAUUCUUGAUCUUAAUAAAGCAGCUGAUACUUUAGAGGUACAAAAGAGACGGAUAUACGACAUAACCAAUGUGUUAGAAGGAAUAGGUUUGAUAGAGAAGACACUCAAGAACAGGAUCCAGUGGAAGGGACUCGAUGUCUCAAAACCAGGAGAAACAAUCGAAAACAUAGCUAAUCUACAGGAUGAAAUACAAAACCUCACAGCUGAGGAGGCAAAAUUAGAUGACCAAAUCAGAGAAUCACAAGAAAGAUUAACAAGCUUGAGCGAGGAUGAAAACAAUAAAAGGUUUCUGUUUGUGACUGAAGACGACAUUAAGAACCUACCAUGCUUCCAGAAUAAGACGCUGAUCGCUGUAAAGGCACCCCAUGGAACAACUCUUGAGGUGCCAGAUCCGGAUGAGGCUGGUGGUUAUCCUCAGAGGAGAUACAGAAUAAUUCUGAGAAGCACAAUGGGACCAAUAGACGUGUAUCUAGUCAGUCAAUUCGAAGAGAGAUUUGAGGACAUUCCUAACGCUGAUGAACCUUCAAAUGUUCCUUCAACGUCUGGUCUCGCCGAGAACCAAGAUGUAGCCAUGCCGAUGGAAGAGGACAGCACCGACAUAAACACGGAAACGCAGGAAGUUGAUGAUACACAAAGAGUUUACUCCGACAUCGAAUCUCAUGACUUCGUAGAUGGGAUCAUGAAGAUUGUUCCUCCGGAUUUGGAUAUGGAUGUAGAUUACUGGCUUCGAUCAGAGGUAGGCGAAGUCAGCAUCACAGACUUGUGGCCAAAUGAAUCUGGAGCGAACUGGAAUAAUCAGAUGGUUUCAAUCGAUCAAGACCACGCAGGACCGAGCAACACGACCCUGGAACAGCCACAAACUCCAUCGAGCCCAACACCGCAGCACUCCACAGGUAGCUGAAGUUACCUUACCACAUUACAAGCACCACCAUACUAUCUGUACAUAGAAUUUGAUUUCCGUGAAUCCCCUGUUGUACUUGUAUAGUAGUAGUAGUAGCUGCAUGCGUUAUCUUAGAAUUAGACAUUGCAAAAUAAUAGUAGAGAAAUCAACCCCUUCGUCGUAUUUUUUCCUCCUUUUUUUUUAGUCGUCGGCUUAUAUAGAAUAGCCUUAACCCAUUGAUUUCUGAAGAUUGGUCUUGCAAUUCAAGUGCAAGUGCAAAACGUUUUAAAUGUUCUAUGUCAGGUUUAUUAACAGGUUACCGAGUCAAAACCAAAUUAUAUUUCAGUUAAUAUUGGUAAAUUUCGAUUUUAGGUGUGUA